UGGCUCUCAACUCCGUACAGUAUACAAUCGUAUUACCACCUUAAACAAGAACGCAACUCUCUUAACAUCGUCACUCCGCACAUUUCUUCACACGCGCCACUCCAACACAAAAAUUCUGAUCUCUCGUCGUUACGAAAAUCACGUUAUCGCACCGUAAACAUUUUAAAAGCUUUCCGCUCAACCGGAAGUCCGCUCUCUUCGCAUAAGCUCACUUUGAGAAAAAGUUGCGGAACUCCGACAACACGGAAAAUAAUGUUUUAAAGCGUCGGUGAUAGUAAUUUGAUAAUAAAAGAGUCCAACCGCCGAUAUGAAUCGAAUAUUGAUGGUAGUUUUGGAAUCUUUUCUUGUGGCCGUUCUAUUCGAAACGAAAACUGAUGGGUUUCUGAUUGACAGACGCAGUGCAGCAUCAGAAAGGAGCGACGAUUAUCCGGAUUAUCAGCUAGGCGUCAAAUAUGACGAAUAUCCGAUGAUCGUUCCGAAAAAACGGACGGCUUUGUUGGUCGACAGACUGAUGGUCGCUUUGCAGCAGGCGAUCGAGGAGGAGGAGGCGGCGAACCGAGUCGAUGGGCCCCCUUUGACGGAUGGAUACUCGCUGAGUCCGGAAGAAGUUCGAAAGAUGGAUUUGCAGAGGAGAGGUCACGGCAGCAUGGGAGGACAGCAAAAAGGACGCGUCUAUUGGAGAUGCUACUUCAAUGCCGUCACUUGUUUCUAAUCCCGAUCCUGGAAAGUUCCGUUCGCAGGAUUUUUUUCGUUGGACGCUCUGGCACCUGGGGCCCUAAUUUCAUUUGGCCCGGAGUGCACUUUAAUUCAGUUAGGCGCUCUAGCACCACAUUAUGCAAUUAUUUAAAUUUCGUCUAAUGCAUCUAUUAGCAGUCAAAACGUGGUUUUGUUGGGGGAGGCUAAGUGGAUGGUGUUGAAAUCAAUACGCUUGUAAUGUGAAUUCGUAUGAUUUAUUUAUUUUUGUAUUCAGUGGGUCUCGAUAUUUAGAGGAACAUUAGUAUUAAUAAUAAUUUGUAAAUAAGUACUGACUUGAUACAUAAAAUAAUGUCUACUUGUCUAUGUGUAACCGUGCUAGAUGGAAAAAUAAAAGCAAAUCUAAACA